AUGAAGGGACUUUUCCGAGCUGCCUGCGCGGCGGCUGCUCUCGCGAGCGGAGCGCUGGCGGUGGAUAUUUUGGAGACCGUCAGCUUUUCUAGCUGCGCCAACUCGACCUCGACGGUCCAGGUCCAGAGGAUCAACAUUCAGUACAACAAGGAAAACCAAACCGUCACCUUUGACGUGCAGGGAUCGAGUUCCCGGAUCCAAAAUGUGACGGCGGAACUCAAGGUGACUGCGUUUGGUGCAGAGGUUUACAGCAACAAAUUUAACCCUUGUGACAAGGGAACGUUUGUCGAGCAACUGUGCCCAGUUCCUGCCGGCACGUUUGGUGCUCGAGGCACGCAGCUGAUCCCCAAGGAAUUCGCCGACCUCGUCCCCGCCAUCGCCUUCCAGGUUCCCGAUAUCGCCGCACUCGCCACGCUGGAGCUCAAGUCCCUCGAGACCGGCGAGGACGUCGGGUGCGUCCAGUCCCAGGUGUCCAACGGCAAGACGGCCAGCGUCCCCGCCGUGUCGUACGUGGCCGCGGGCGUGGCGGGCGCGGCCCUCGUGGUGGGCGGCGUGUCCGCCAUCAGCGCGGCCAUCAGCGGCGGCGCCAGCGCGAUGGGAGGCGGCCUCGCGGGCGGCGGCUCGGCCACGGGCGGCGGCAUGGGCACCGUGAGCCCCAGCUUCACCGAGGUGUUUGGCUGGUUCCAGGGCAUGGCCAUGAACGGGAUGCUGUCGGUCAACUACCCGCCCAUCUACCGCAGCUUCGCCAAGAACUUUGCCUUCUCCACCGGCCUCAUCCCCUGGACGCAGAUGCAGGAGGCCAUCGACGGCUUCCGCGGCAUGACGGGCGGCAACCUGACGCAGAGCAGCGUGGCCAUCCUGCGCAACACCACGCUCGUCUUCCCCGACGGCUCGACGGCGAGCGGCAACAGCUCCAUCUUCAAGGUCAAGCGCGCGUUUGAGGGCUUCGCCGUGCUCGCCGCGCGCCAGAUCGAGACCUCGAUCGACACCACCACGCCCGUUCCCGAGCAGCAGGCGGGCGACGACGACGCCAUGACGGUCAUGAAGCAGGCCGUCAGCGGUAUCCAGGCCUACGUGCAGCAGCUGAGCAUUCCCGAAUCCAACACCUUCAUGACGGUGCUCCUCGUCGUGGCCAUCGUCAUCGUCACCAUCGCCGUCGGCAUCCUCCUCAUCAAGCACUACUGGGGGUCCAUCGCCCGCGCCAUCACGUCGCUCAUCUUCCUCCUCUACGGCAUCUGGGUGCUCUACUGCGUCGUCCAGUUCACCAAGGGCGACUCGUGGGCGGCCAAGUCCCUCGCCGGCGUCACCCUCUUCCUCUUCACCGCCAUCCUCCUCUUCUUCUCCUACAAGAUCUGGAGCACCGCCCGCAAGCUCAAGCGGAACGAGGGCGACACCAGCGGCCUCUACGAGAACAAGGACAUUUGGGUCAAGUACAGCCUGUUUUACGAGUCCUACCGCAAGGACUACUGGUGGAUCUUUGUCCCCACCAUCGGCUACAUGUUCGUCAAGGGCACCCUGCUCGCCGUCACCGACGGCAACGGCAAGAUCCAGACGGGCGGCCAAAUCAUCGUCGAGGCCGUCAUGCUCGUCCUGCUCCUGUGGAGCCGUCCCUACGAGCGCAAGUCGGGCAACAUUAUCAACAUCGUGAUCCAAGUCGUUCGCGUGCUUUCCGUCGUGUGCAUCCUCGUCUUUGUUGAGGAGCUCGGCAUCGCCCAGACUACGCAGACCAUUACGGGUGUCGUCCUCAUCGCCGUGCAGUCGGCGCUGACCGGUAUCUUGGCGAUCCUGAUUCUCUGGAAUGCCAUCAACCAGUGCUGCAAGAAGAAUCCCCACCGUGAGAGGAGGAAGGAACUCGAAAAAGUACGAGACACGGACAACCUCACCCCUCUAGACGCCCGCAACUCCCUCCUCCUCGACCGCUCCCAGAUGGACGAAAAGGACUCAACCACCUUCUCCAUGGCGUACCUCGGCAACUACGACACCUCGUACAGCGAGAAGCCUUCGCAGCUCUCGCCCAGCAACGGGUUCGCGAGCCCCUACCGGCCCAUCACCCCCAACACGCCCAUCUCGUUUGGCGACCAGAGCCGCGAAGGCCUCAUCAACAAUGCCGCGCCCAUUGGCUACCUCGACUCGAGGCAGCCUACGAUACCGAACCUCGGCGGGUUCGGCGGCGGGUACGGAGGGCAACAGCAGCAGCAGCAACAACAGCGUGGCUACGGCAACAAUCAGGGCUAUGGCCGAUCGUACUACUAA